UUUAAACUUUCAAAAAUAUGAUUCUACUCACGCGGCUGUGUCUGCUGGGGCUGCUGGCCUGCGGCUUGGCCAGCGCGGAUUAUUACAACAUUAAAACAGCCGACAAUGAGUUCGCGCUGCGUCAGAAGAAAAUCUACAACCUGCUUUAUCACGUCGGCCAACCUGAUAUAGUGAACCGUCCGCUGUACGACGAAGGUCAAGAAUGGAGCAUCGAAGCCAACAUCAAUUCGUACGCCAAUACGCUUGCCGUGAAGGAUUUCCUCUACAUGUACAAAAAUGGAAUGCUUCCCCGAGGAGAAUUGUUCUCGACCUAUUACUCAAAAAUGCUUAAAGAAAUGAAAGCUUUGUUCAGGCUGUUCUACUAUGCAAACGAUUUCGACGUUUUCUAUAAGACAGCUCUCUGGGCGAGAAACAACAUAAACGAAGGCCAAUUCUUUCUUGCCCUGUACAACGCGGUGAUCAGAAGACCGGAUACCGUGUACAUUCAACUGCCACCCCCAUCCGAAAUGUACCCCUACUUCUUCUUCAACUCGGAAGUGCUCGAGAAAGCCCACCAUCCGAAAGUUUUUGGCAAACUGGAUCCACAAGCACCUGAAGGAUUCAAAUCGUACAUAAUCUCAGCGAAUUAUUCCGGCUGGUACGUUAACCGCGAGUUCAACUUGGAGAACAGGCUGAAUUACUUCACAGAGGAUGUUGGCCUGAAUUCUUACUAUUUCUUCUUCCGCCAUGGAUUCCCAUUCUGGAUGGAAUCCAAGGAAUUCAAUUUGCCAGAUUACCGCGGAGAGGAAUACCUUUAUGGUCACAAACAAUUGAUGAACAGAUACUAUCUCGAAAGACUUUCGAACGAUUUGCCUAAACUCGAGGACUUCGAUUGGCAACAGCCAUUCUACGCAGGUUACUAUCCUACCAUGACUUAUCACAAUGGAUUACCAUUCCCUCAAAGACCAGACUGGGUCAAAUUGCCUAUCUACAAAUACAAAUACAUCAAGGACAUUAUGGACAAAGAAUCAAGAAUAACUGCUGCAAUUGAUUCUGGCUAUAUUUUAAAUAAUGACAGCAAGUGGUACAACAUUUACAAUGAAACAGGUGUAAACGUUCUUGGAAACAUAAUCGAAGGUAACGCAGACUCCCCGAACCGUCAAUUCUACGGUAGCAUUGAUGCCCUCGGCAGAAAUAUACUUGGUUACAAUCUAGAACCAGCAAACAAGUAUCAAAUCCUUCCUAGUGCUUUGGAAACUUUUUCCACUUCUAUGAGAGACCCUGCUUUCUAUCGUCUUUACAGAAGAAUAUGUAGCUUUUAUUACAGGUACAAAAUGAAGCAGAAACCAUACAUUAGGGAUGAAAUUAUGUAUCCCAAUCUGAAGAUUGAAUCUUUCACUGUUGAUAAAAUGACUACAUUCUUUGAAUAUUUUGACACAUCCAUUGGCAAUAGCUUAUUAGUAGAGAAUCAAAAAGAAGCUGAUUCCUUAUUAAUUAAAAUUAGACAGGAUCGCCUCAAUAACAAUGCAUUCAACUUCCACAUUGCUCUUAAUUCUGAUAAACCAAUGAAAGCAGCUAUCAGAAUUUUCCUUGGACCCAAAUAUGACUCACAUCGCAAAUUAAUUGAACUUCCAGAGAAUCUUAAAUAUUUCUAUGAAAUUGACAACUGGAUUAUUGAUGUGAAUGCUGGCCUGAACAAAAUUGUACGUAAUAGUAGAGACUGCUUCUUCUUGAUGCCUGACCAAGAACCAAAUGAAAUAUUCUAUAAGAAACUUUUGAAGAAUCUUGAAGGAAAUAGUGAAUUCACAUAUAGUGAGAGAAUCUUUGGAUUCCCAGAAAGACUGUUGUUACCUAAGGGUAAAAAGGAAGGAAUGCCAUUCCAAUUAUUCUUACAUGUUAGUCCAGUCACUUCGAUGAACAAAUACAAUUCAAGAAUAUGGGGUAAUUACAAAUUUGACAAUAGACCAUUUGGUUUCCCCCUAGACAAGCCUCUCGAUGGCUUCAACUAUGACGGACCUAACAUGAUGUUCAAAGAUAUACUUAUUUAUCACAAAGACCAACCUGAUAUGAAUAUUCCUUAUUAA